AUGGUUGAUGAAUUAUCUCAGCGAUAUUUGUUGGUGGAUAAAGUUAAUGUAGAUGAACUUAGUUCCGGCGGACAGGCUGCAUUUCAGGACGUGAUGGCAAAAAGUAUUGAUCUUGGAAGUACACAUGUAGUAAAGGAGUUUCAGCCAACUGUUGAAAUUUUUCACCAUGUAGGUGAUGAAACUGAAGAAGUUAACUCUUCUGCCCUACCAAAUGAGAUACUUUCUCCAUUUCAAGUAACUUCACCUUCUGGGAUCCGUCUUACACCUGAUAUCACGCAACUUAAAUCCGAUUCCAGUGUGCUUCAUAGUUCCAGUUCAUCGAGUGCACCAGUUACCACACCUACCAUGCCAGCUGUAGUAAUACCUGUUAUCUACGGACAAACUGCUAAGUUACCUGAAACAGUUCAAGAAAUAUCUUAUCCACAGAUUUACGAUCCAGCUUUGUUGGUCCAAAAACCUACUUCUGUUUCUUGGAUACCUGUGCGUAAUCAUCGAUUCACCUUAUCAAAUGAAGUGAAAAAGGCUUGUGAAUCUUUAAUUGGUUAUUAUCAAGCUGAAAAAACUGUUGGUAGAGAGGAGGAAAUGAAAGAUAAAUUUUUGAUCAUAGUAAAAGUUUGGUUUGAACUUGCUGCAACAUCACAGACUGACUUGCUGAAUAUCGAGGAUUUUAUUGCAAUUUUGCAUGAUUAUUCACCGGCUUUAUUACGCGAUGUCAUUCAGUCGAUUGAUGAGAAUGUAAGUCGGUAUCGAUUUUAACUCAUGAGCUACAUUAUAGAGCUCAUUUAACUUGAUCGUAUUUCGUGAAAAAAAGAAACUGAAUGUAUUUUUUAACCGGCUUUGUUGGCCAACUUUACUGUCUAGACUAUGUAUAAGAUCCCUAGUUAGCAUUAUCCUUUUAGAAUUUCUUCAGCUGUAGUCCAAGACAUAUUUUACACUCAGUUUGUAACUGUUA